AUGGAAAAAGGAUCAUAUCUUAGAGAAACAUGGAAUAUUCUCGAUUUCUUCAUUGUCGUAUCAUCCUUAAUAGAUUUAUCUCUUUCCGACAUCAAUCUUCCUUUUAUCAAAAUUUUGAGGUUGCUAAGAACAUUAAGACCAUUACGAUUUAUCUCUCAUAAUAUUGCAAUGAAGACUAUAGUAGUUGCCUUACUUGAAUCAGUGGGACAUAUUAUAAAUGUAAUGAUAGUUGUAAUGGUAGUCUGGCUGAUGUUUGCUAUACUUGGAGUGAAUCUCUUUGCUGGUAAAUUUUAUUACUGUACGAUAGAACCAUUGAAAACUAGAAAUUUAAAAGAAUGCGUCAAUAAAAGAGGACAAUGGCUUACUUAUGAUCAAAAUUUCGAUAAUGUGGGCAAUGCCAUGCUAACUUUAUUUGUGGUUGCCACUCUUGAAGAUUGGCCUGAUGUUUUGCAUUAAGCUGUCAAUUCAAGUGAUGAAAAUUAAGGGCCUAUACUUAAUAACUCCCCAGCUAACGCUUACUUUUUUGUUGCUUUUAUACUAAUCGGCUCAUACUUUUUACUCAAUUUCUUUAUUGGUGUAUUGUUCUUAAAGUACAAUGAAGCUUAAAAGGCUGAAAUUAAGGGUUUCACCUAAGAACAUUUAUAGUGGAUGGAUAUGCAAAAAAUGAUAGUUGCUUCUAGACCAGACUAUGAGACAACUAACAUUCCCAAGUAGAAAUGGAGAAGAAAGCUUCAUCAAUUUGUAGUAUCAACAUCCUUUGAAACUUUUAUAAUGGCAUGUAUUGUACUAAACAUGCUUUAAAUGGCAUGCCAAUUUGAAGGAGCUUAGUUAUCAUACGAUAAUGUCCUUAAUAACAUCAAUAUAUUUUUCACAUGCGUAUUUAUUUCGGAAUCCAUUUUAAAGAUCAUUGCCUUUGAUGUUACUUACUUUUACAAUAAUUGGAACAGGUUUGACUUUAUUGUCGUUAUUUCAAGUGUUAUUGAUAUAUUGAUGAGUGAUUUAAGUAGCAGCGACCUCAAAUUAUUAAGAAUUGGACCAUAAUUAGCUCGAGUUUUUAGAGUUCUCAGAGUAACUAGAAUACUCAGAUUAGUAGGAAAAUAUCAAGGCAUUCAGGCUUUAAUUUAGACUAUAACAUUUUCCCUUCCAUCCUUGCUAAAUGUACUAGGAUUACUAUUUCUAAUUUUUUUUAUGUUCGCGAUUCUUGGAGUGUUCUUUUUCAGAGAUGUGACGUAAGGUUAAGUAAUUAAUAGCUACAUGAACUUUUCAAAUUUUGGAAUGGCUAUGCUGAUGCUCUUUAGAAUGUCAACUGGAGAGGAUUGGAACUAUGUUAUGUUUGAUUGCUCGAGAGAGGAAGCAGAUGGAUGUAUACCUGGCAAAACUUGCGGAAACAAAAUUAUUAGUUACAUCUACUUCAUCUCUUUCAUUUUAAUUUGUAUGGAUGUAAUGCUAAACCUCUUUGUACUUGUAAUUCUUCAACAAUUUGAUAAGUAUUACCUGCCUCAAAAUAAUAUCAUGAACAUGUUUAAGAAGGACCUUUAAGGAUUUAAAGAUAAUUGGAAAGAUUUUUCAAUGGAAAAAUAUAAUUGCCAGAAGAUUAGAGCUUGUCAAUUAACCUAAUUUAUUCAAAGUUUAAAACCCCCUCUUGGAUUAGUUAACGUUGAUGAUAUUGAAUUGAAAAAGAUAAUGCUAAAAAUGGGAAUAAAAAGUGAUCCAGAUGGCUACAUCUACUUCAACGAGCUCCUAUAUAGAUGCAUGAGAAGAGUUUAUGGGUAGUUAAGACUAAAUAAGAAAAUGCAAAUAUUCGAAAUUAAAACCUAAUACAAAGUGAUAAAGUUAUCAAUGAUAUCUCAUUAGAAAGGAGGCAAAUUGAAAAACUAAGAAAUAAUGGAUUUAAUGACUUAGAAGCAUCACUCAGUAAAUCCCUUUCUAACAAUAAUGUUCCUUAAAACAAGUUUUAAAGUUUGGUUGAACUAUGCAUAGAGAGCUCGCACUAGAGAUAGAAAAAUAAGACAUUAUCGUAGAAAGAGUGCCAAAAGUUUAAUGUAAAAGUAGGAAUUUAGUGAGAAAAACUUAUAGGAAAUUGCAAGUACAAUUCAAUUACCAUAAUUCCUUUAUGAAGAGGAUAAGAGUAAUCUAGUAGAAUUUGAAUAUUUAGAUGAAAUUGAAAUCUUGCAAACAUACUCGAGCGAGGAGGAGGAUCAGCAAAGCAUUGACUUAGAUCUUUAUUCCCCCAUUAAUAACGACUUCUUUAGUAAUAAUUAAGAUUCCAGUUGCAAAUCAACUCAAUAAAUAUUGCAGGAUAUUAUAAAGCAACAACCAAGCUCGACAAAAUCUGACUCAAGACUUAUGAAGGAGGAUUAUUUCUUGGAAAGAAAGCAUGCUAAAUAAGUAUAAAGUACUAAAGCUAAUUCAAAUGAUUCUUAGAGAAAAGAACUCCUCCCAAAUACACUUAGGACAAUUAAAAAUUUUGAUACGAUUGAAGAAGAAGAAGAAAAUAAUUCUUAGCCAAGCAUUCCAAAAAAGAAAAAAAGUACUAAGAAAACAUUGAAAUUCGACUUUUGA